AGUCCGACACAAACAGGAAGACAGCGGAAGUACACUAGUUUGCAGUUAAUGGUGAAAUGACAGUAGUGUUACCUGCAACAACACCUGAGCCGCGUAUAUGCAUCACAUUGCUGUCAUCACCCUAACGUAAUGCCUCGCGUGCUGUGUCCCGGUUUACAUUUGUCAAAAUGGAGGAAGAGGAGCAGCUGCGGCCCUUCAUGUUCCUGAUGAGUUACAUGCUGCUGAAGCGCAGGAGAGACUUAAACAACGCAAACAUUCAGAGACGCAACGAGAUUCAAAGACGCAUCAGACAUCGGCAGUACUUCUUCCAGAGACAGAGGAGGAUGCUCAUGAUGAUGAUCGCAGGAGGUAUCCGCUCCAACGUCCGCAUCCGCACACGACCUUGGACCACCACCACAAACACUGAUUGGUGGGAGCGGGUGGUGAUGACAGAAUUCCAGCCAUCUGAUUGGCUGGAUAAGUUCCGUAUGAGCCGGGAGACGUUCUUCUACCUCUGUGACAAGCUGAGGCCCCGUCUGGCUCGCCAGGACACCAGCUUCAGGCUGGCGCUGCCGGUGGAAAAACGCGUAGCAGUUGCUCUGUGGCGCCUGGCGUCGAACAUUGAAUACCGCACCAUCAGCACUCUGUUUGGUGUGGGGAAAUCCACCGUGUGCAGGUGUGUUAGGGACAUGUGUCACGCCAUCGUGGCGCUCCUCAGCUCUAUCUACCUGCGCUCCCCCAGUGAGCAGGAGCUGGAGGAUUCAGCCCAGCUCUUCCUGUCCAAUUGGGGCUUCCCUCACUGCGUCGCUGCCAUAGCAACGCUCCACACAGCCAUCAUCACGCCAUCAAACAACGCGUCUGACUAUGCCAACCCCGCUGGCUGGCUCUCAGUGCUGUCUCAGGUGGCUGUUAGUGGCCGGGGGCAAUUCUGGGAUGUAUGUGCCAGUUUCCCAGGUGGGACGGACCCAGUUGACAUCUUCCAGAACUCAUCGCUGUGGGCUACUACUGCAGAGGGCGGACUGUCGCCUGCCCUGCCACCUAUCUUCAUGGGAAAACCACUCCGGUAUGUGCUGCUGGGAGAGGCAUGCUACCCUCUCCAGAGCUGGCUAAUGAAGGCCUAUCCUGAGGAAAAGGGCAGGAGGACCAGUCACACAGCGCUGACCGAGCCACAGCGGCUCUUUAAUCGGCGGCUCACCAGAGCGCUGCGUGUAUCUGAGGAGGCUCUGCUAAGGCUGAGGGCACGCUGGCAGUGUCUGAGCAAGAGGAACGACUGUGGACUGGACGUGGUGCCCACCAUGAUUCUAGCUUGCUGCCUUCUACACAACGUGUGCGAGUCCCACGGGGACACCUUCAAGGCGGAGUGGCAGGUGGAGGUGGCCGCGGCAGAGAGCCCUCAGCCCAGCCACAAGCAGCUCCCCUCAACCAGCAUUGACCAAAGUCAUGCUGAGGAGGUCCGACACCUCUUCUGUGACUAUCUUUUAAGAGCAGAAUAAUUAAAAAGCUUCCUACACAUGAAGACUAAUGUUAUUGAACACAGUGGUGGAAGGUAACUAAGUACAUUUACUUAAGUGCACAUUUUCAUGCCACUUUAUACUUCAACUCCACUCAGAGGGAAAUAUUGUCCAUUAUACUUCACUGCAUUUUACAUUUUAAGAGUUUAUGAAAUGUGAUGUUUUGUUUUUAAUAAAACUACUGUACCUGUGAAUAUAUCCAAGUAAGUGAUUAGUUGAUUAAU